AUGCAGCUGAUGAAGAUGACGAUGAUGAAGAUGAGGUCUCAUCAGCAUCCUGUGGGAGGAUCCAGCCUGUCCCUCUGCUGGAGGAGCAGAGGAGGAGGUGUGAGUCUCUGCAGCAGCAGCAGGAGGAGCAGACGGAGGAGGUGGAGGAGGUGGAGGCAUUCCAGAGACGCAGCAGCAGGAGCAGAGCCAUGCAGCAGCCGCAGCUCCAGCAGCGGUCUGCUGAGGAUCAACGCGCGGCGACAGGACUCUCUGAGGUCCAAACCACACAGAUCCCACCAGCACAAGAAGAAGAGCAAGAACAAAAGACGCAGCGAGGUGGUGGUGGUCAAGGGGAAGCUGAAGCUGUGCUCCAUCUCGGGUCUGGUGGCCGUUCUGGGGAUCCUGGUUCUGAUGGUCGGGGUUCUGAUGGCGGCUCUGGGCUACUGGCCUCGGGACGGACUGUUCUUCAGCUCCCAGCCACAGGAGGGCGCCACUAUGGCCUUGAUGUCCUUCAGUAGUCCAGCACCAGCACUUGUUGAAGACCAGGAACCCGGGUGGGCGGAGUCAGACGGAGGAGACAGAACCAAUGGCAGAGGAAAUGGCUUCAACCAAUCAGAGGCUGUCAACGGGACCUCUCGAGAUGUUUCAAAAGGAUUUCUGGAAGACUUCCUGGACAGGUAUCUGUACUCCGAUAGGCUGAAGGUCUUCGGCCCGCUCAUCAUGGGGAUUGGCAUCUUCCUCUUCAUCUGUGCCAACGCCGUCCUGCAUGAGAACCGGGACAAGAAGACGAAGGUCAUCAACCUGCGGGACAUCUACUCCACCGUCAUCGACCUCCACAGCGUCCGGAAGCCCCACCCUUCUUCCUCUGGCUCCGCCCACCAGCCGUUAGCCAAUCCGCUCAAUGGACUCAUCAACUAUGUCCAGGCCAAGAGUCUGGACUCAAAGUCCCAGAUGUGUCCCGCCGCCCUGUUGUCAAGGCAACCAGCCAGUAGCAGGAGCUGCAGUGACGGAGGAGGAGGAGGAGGAGUCUUCAGUGUCUGCCAGGAGCAUCAGCCUGCACCUCCUCCCUCCUCCUCCAACAGACACUCCCUGCCCCUGACCUCUGACCCCUGCUGGACCUCCCACCACAAAGACACGCGGAGCUCCUUCACGUUGCCCCGGCCCCGCCAGCGCUCCCCCGGCGCCCGCAGGAGACACUCCUUCUGGGCCAGGAGCAGCGGCCAGGAGGAGGAGCAGAAGGAGGAGGAGAUGCAGCCGCCGCCUCUGUGUGCCUCCACUCCUCCGCCUCACCAAUUCUCCGAGGCUCUGCUCCUCCUCUCCUCUUCCUCGCUCUCCUCCCUGUCCCACCUCCUCUCCUCCUCCUCCACUCCAGCCCCACCCUGCAGGAGGCGGAGCCUUCCGACCGCCACCUUUAACGCGGCCUACUGCAAGCUGACGCAAGGAGAGGACGAGUCCUUCGAGUGGUCUUCAUCACACAAGGCGACCCCAGAGGCGGCGGCUCGGCCCUCACAACCAGAGACACCCUGAGGUCCCGCCGGCCCCCUGGGGGGAGAAAGACGAGGAGGAGCCUGACUGAUGAAGCCGGUGAUGACAGCAGCAGCAAUAAAGAGUCUUUGAUCGGAGAGAUGAGCCAACUUCCUGUUCAUCAGUUAUCUGGUGGGACCCAGUCUCACCCAGCCAACAGAACUGGACCCACUUGACCCAAACGGAUCCAUUCAGGAGACCACAGAUUGUCUUCAUGUCCCUCUUUACACUAACUAAACCAGAUUAACCCAAACAGAUCCAACUAAUCCAAGAUGACUCCAUUAAUUACCAGCCUGUCCCGUUUCCCUUCCAGACUGACCAUAACUAACUAAUCCAGCUAAUCCCAAGUCUUCUAACUAAUCCCAUUGGAUUUGGAUGGACACCAGGCCCAGUCCAGCAGCAGGUCCUUCUUCUUCUUCUUCUCUCUAAGUGGAAAGGGUCAGAGGUCAGAGGUUGGUCUUGCUCCACGCCUGCAGUGCAUGCUCUUUAAGCAGCUUCAGUAUUUUGCACUUUUUGAUCUUCAAUGCUUCAUUCUUCUGGGACUACUUUCUUUGGCGGAGGCGUCCGUCCCUCCUGUGUUGGACCUGGAGAAACGGACGGGUUGGACAGCAUGUCGUUGUUUUUACUGCAUGUUCUAGAAGCCGGCCACAUGAUGAAGACAUCAAACAUCUUCACCCUUUGCUGCUCUGCAGGCUCCGCCCACCUGCUGAGGAACCGCCCCCUCCA